AUGCCCAUUGACGAAGAAAGCCCUUUGCUUCCAUCUCGCCAUGAGAGCGAGCCGGAAAACAAAAUCAAUUGCAGGCGCGACAAACUCGCUGUGUACGGUUCGUUUAUAGGCAUUUUUCUUGCAGCUGCAGACGAAUCUCUCGUUCUUUCUACAUGGAGUCUUAUCGCGUCGCAGUUUCACCGUCUCUCGCAGGGAUCGUGGCUGCUCACUGCAUAUAACUUUGGAUUUUGCCUGUCGUUACCGGUGUACGGGGCACUAUGUAAGAUAUACGGGCGAAAGACUGUUCUUCUCGCUGCCUACGUGCUUUUUGCUAUGGGGUGUAUUGCGUGCGGGACCAGUACAUCACUGCUGCAGCUAAUCUUAGCCAGAGUGCUCGCCGGUAUUAGUGGUGGUGGAAUGGUAUCCCUAGUAUCGGUCCUUAUUACCGAUCUAGCCCCCGUCAAUGAGGUAGCCCUUCUUCGAAGCUAUGCCAAUGUGGUCAAUGUCACGGGCCGCAGUUUAGGUGCUCCGAUUGGGGGUUUCUUAAUUGGUACAGUUGGUUGGAGAUGGUCAUUUCUGGGUCAAGUGCCCUUCGUGGUCGUCUGCCUACUGAUCGGAUGGCAUGGGUUUCCAUCUGCACUGAAUUCGACCGGUACCGGUGGUGAUGGGAAUGAGGAGAGGACAACGCGAUCGACCAUCUCGCAACUCGAUAUUGGAGGCCUCUUCAGCCUCUCUACUACCAUACUCCUUCUGCUUUUCAUUGUGCAGAAUCUCAACGCAGCAGAUGAAUCCAUAGCACAGUUGAAUAUUCUUGUACCGGCCUUUUUUGUUGCAGCGGUGUUAUUCGUCGCGACUGAAGCGUACUGGGCCAAAAGUCCGUUGAUCCCGUUGUACCUACUGAGAACGCCAUUGGGAGGUUAUGGCAUGAACCAGAUAUUGGUGAUGUUCAGCCGCUCAGGAUUUGUGAGCAAUAUAGCUCCAUACUUGAUCCGAGUUGAGGAUGCAUCAAACUCGUACGCAUCGUCAGCUUACGUGCUUUCAGCGGCCGGUGUGUCAUUCGGAGGAUUGAUUGCAGGAGCAAUAAUCAAACGGUGGAAAAGAUACACAACAAUGACUGCCGUCGCUAUCUGCGGCGCUUCCAUAAGUUAUGCGGUCAUCUUCAUCCGCUGGCGAUCUAGCAGCCCCACCUGGGAACUACUGUAUCUUGUCCCCAAUGGCAUGUUCGUCGGUGUUCUGUUCACUACGCAGUUCGCUGGGAUGUCAUUGGGUGUACCAAAAGAGAACCUUUUAACGUGCAUCACUACAUACUACCUCUGUCAGCAGCUGGGUCAUAUAAUCGGGCCCGCGACAAACGUGGCGCUCGUGCAGCGAGUCUUCGGGGAAAAGUUGGGGAAAAAGUUAGAGGGAUGGGAGGAGAAAAGGUUAAUUGGCAAGAUUCUGAAUGACGAUAGAUUUGCUCAAAGGUUGCCGGCUUCAGUCCAGGAUCUCGUUCGGUCGAGCUAUUUGAAUGCAUUCCAGUUGGUGCCAUUGGUGUCGGGUGUGUGUUCCUUGAUGAUGCUAUUUACUUGGCUGUGGGAGAAAGAGGGACAAAUAGAAUAA